AUGGGAACGGAAACGGACGGCGCCAGCGCUCGGUCCUUAUGGGUGAUACUAUCCGUACUCAGAAGACACGUUACACUCGUACAGCGCCGGAGCCACCGAAAGGUAGCGAAGAACCGAUCCAAGCGCUUUCGUCAACUGCUAUCUAGACACCACAGGCACCCUUGCAUCACCUUUCAACAGCAUCGACGACACCUCUCGGAGAAGCAGCGCAUCCCUUUCACGGUUGGGUCCUCGGCAGAGCAAGUUCGACGAGACCGACCGCCGCCAAAAGCAUCAGGCUGA